UUCCAUAUUAGCAAAGAGGGCUUGCGACUUACUGACAUGCUUGCUGGUGUGUCUCAAUAAAUUCAUAUUUCAUAUUCAACAUGCUUCAGGAAUUUGAACCCCCACUUGAUAUGAGCCAAGAUGUAGAUAGUGGUGAAGACUCACUUCGUGAGAAUGUCCCAAAUGGUCACCUCUUCUUGGGAGACAGGAAUGUUCACUCUUGUCAGUUGAACUCGACAAUUGGAAGCUUGUGUUUCUCCACAUCUGAUCAAGGCUGUUCUGUGGAAGGGAGCAAUGUGAUGUGCAAAUCACCCAAAUGGGACAAUACCAAUGAGGAGAUGGAAGCUGAAAGUCAUCAUGAGCCCAUCAUUGGGAGGUGUCCUCCAGGCUUCAAUUAUGAUGGAGAAAGAGAUAAAUGUAGUGGAAAUGAGAUUACUAAUUUGAAUGGAAAUGUAUGUCUUUGUUUUUUUUUUUCCCCAUGUUGUUAUACACAUGUGAACUGUUUUGUGAGUGGUUAGAGUUAGAUCUAUGUUUCUUGGUUAUAUAAUAAGAUUUUGGUGCAUCAC